UGUGGCGAACUACGGACGUAUAUACUUAUUUCUCCUGUUUGCUGGGUAAUACUGCGUUGGUAUUGUUGUUACUAUGCGUGGUGACACUGCGAAAACAAAACAAUAAUAAGAAGCAAAAGACAGGAAUGAACACGAAGAAUAAUAAUGUCAAUAAUGAACAAGAACGAAGAACACAGAACAGACAUAAUCGAAGUAGGAAAGUGAUUUAAGCAUCGUAAAUAGGAAAUAGAAAAACAAGGAAAGAAAAGAGAAAAGACGAAUGCGUUCUGAACACAAUAGAACAGGAACUGAACAUCACUGAACAAACUGUGAUGAAAGAAACUGAGCAAGUUGAACAGAAAGGAUGAAUAUAAAAUGGACACAAUAGAAAGCGAGUGAAAGUGAGCAUAGCUAAACAAAUAUUGAAUAUAAAUUAUAAACAGGUUGAACAUAAAUCAAUUGAACGCAAAACAAGAACAAUGAACGUGUUCACUUUUGUAUUCCUCUUGUACACCGUUCUCCAGACUUCCGCUAAUCCCUUGGAGACAAGCUAUCUGCCGGAUUUCAACAGCACUAGAUUCGAGGAAAAAGCGAGUAUCAAAGAUUCGAGUGGAGUCACCGCCGUCAUGAGUGCUCGGUCGCCUCUCGUGGUUGAGUUCGGUGAUAAGAAUGAUACCGUCAACGUCACGAGGAAAGAGGAGGGUUGCCCCAACCAGCCACAAGACUCCGCUCUGCCCCUUGCCCUCAUCGGCGUGGUGGCCGUCCUCUCCCUGCUCCUCGUGUUGGCGGUCAUCGUAUCCUGUAUCUUGUACCUUCUGGUCCCGCCCGAAACGAUAAGGAGAGUGCUGUUUAGACCCGGAGGCAACGAUCCCGGAUGCACCGCCCUAUCUUCCAGGAUUGGUCAGAAAGACGCUCAAGACACACCCACGCCACCUCCCCGACCAAUCAACAUCCACAACUCGUCCGAAACUCGCACGCCAUUGGCUAAAAUCCCUUCUGUUCCCUUGGCGACGACCCACCAGAACGACGCGCGCCAUUCCAAGCACGACGACGGAUACGACCCCCUGCACGAUCCCAACUACGACUACAUAGAAGCCAACGUCGUCCGUCCCGUCGACCGCGCAAUUCUGGACCAAGAGUUGGCCGGCGCGAACCCGAAGUGGAAGCAGCCGGCAGGAGGUUUCCGGAAGAAAUCGGACCCACAGACCGCAGGUUUCCGGAAGAUAUCGGACACGCCAGCCCCUAAGCCGGCCGCCACCACCCCCGGCCACUUCGAGCCCUUCGAGGACGACGAAUACGUCAACCUCGGGUCUGGGUUCCCUCCUCAGCAGCACGGGCCCAGAGGGUACCGUGCCCAUUACUAGGACCCGGUGCCAGAGGGCCAAAGAGAGUCAAACGCCGGGAUUCCGCCUUAUGUGUCGCGGAGGAAUCUCUGAAGAGCGUCGAUCGGGAUUCAGGAUCGACGCCUCGCGAAGGGGCAGGAGAAAAGCGUCGGCCGUUGUGGGGUCGCAGCGAGGGGCGUCUUGACCUAAAUAGGAUGUGUUGUGUGAAUAGGUAACUUAGGCCUAUUUACAAGAUACUCAACGUGUACUUGGUUUUAUUUUGGUAUUUGCAUACGCUUGCAUGAGAAAAAAAAAAAAAACAGAUGAUGCACACACACACACACACACACACACACACACAUAUAUAUGUAUAUAUACAUAUAUAUAUGUAUGUGAUGCGCUAUAUAAUUUCCUAAGUGCUCACCGUAAUAAUGUUUACAAAUUGUCUUUUCUUUAGUGGCAAGUAAUCCAUUUAAUUGAUUAAUACCCACAUGUUCCCCAAGUUUAGACUAUAUUUAAACUCUUAUUUCCAUAUUACCUGUAACCCACGUCAUCCACUUGUUUUCACAAAUCUCACACUGUUAACGGAUAACACAUUUUGUACUGAAUGACACAUAACACCAUGAACGCUCACGUUUCUACACAUGUAUAAUUCACUACCGGACGCUCAGCCGGAGAGUUAUGCCUCCCAGUUAAUCUUAAGCCUGCCCUUCGUUUAAUCUUUUAUAAGAGACAGAACUAAGCCCUGACUGGAGGCAAUCCUACUAUCCUUCUCUCCGCUAAUAAAGUCAAGGAAGAUUGUCUUCUACACUUUAAUCA